GCUUUUUUAAAGCUCCUGAUCUCCAAAGCCCCCAUCAGAUGGGUUGUAAGCGAAGUAGGGCCGGGUUAGUCCCCUAGCCCCAAUUUCUUCUGAACAACCACUUCACUGAGCACUUAACGGUCUCUCCCUCACUCUCGCCACCCCUCCCUCCACCUUCUCCCACCGUCUCACCCCGUCAUGCUGGACCACGGAGGAAACCUCUGCCCUCAUCGACGCCUACCGCGACAAGUGGUACUCCCUCGGCCGCACAAACCUCAAAGCCACCCACUGGCAAGAGGUCGCCGAUGUCGUCACUGCCCAGUGCCCCAACGCUUCCACCACUGCCAAAACCGUCAUCCAGUGCCGCCAUAAAAUGGAAAAACUCCACAAACGGUACCGCACCGAAAUCCAAUGCCUCCGCUCCCUCCCUCUCCAUCGCCUCAUCAACAACUCCACCACCGCUUCACCCUCCUCCUAGGUUCACUUCAAAUUCAUGGAUUCCAUGGAAAAAGGCCCGAACAAACCCCACACCGACACCACCGCCGCCACCAACCCCAACACCCUCACCAACAACCUCAAUUUCCCCGACGACGACCUUGUUGAGAGGUUCACUGCUGUUGGGGCUCGCAUGCCUAAAGGAGUUCUUCUUGUUGGUCCUCCAGGAACUGGGAAGACCCUGUUGGUCAAGGCUAUUGGUGGUGAAGCUGGUGUUCCAUUUUUUUCAAUAUCUGGUUCUGAGUUUGUUGAGAUGUUUGUUAAUGUUGGUGCUUCUCGAGUUCGUGAUUUGUUCAUGAAGGCCAAAGAGAACGCCCCUUGCAUUGUCUUUGUUGAUGAAAUUGAUGAUGUUGGAAGACAAAGAGGAACUGGAAUUGGUGGAGGGAAUGAUGAAAGAGAGCAAACCCUCAACCAACUUUUGACAGAAAUGGAUGGUUUUGAGGGUAAUACUGGUAUCAUUGUCAUUGCAGCAACUAACAGGGCAGACAUUCUUGACUCUGCCUUAUUGAGACCAGGACGGUUUGAUAGACAGGUUAUUGUUGAUGUUCCAGAUAUAAGGGGAAGGACCGAAAUUCUAAAGGUUCAUGGUAGCAAUAAAAAGUUCGAUGAUGAUGUUUCUCUUGAUGUGAUUGCCAUGAGAACGCCUGGUUUUAGUGGAGCUGAUCUUGCAAAUCUCUUGAAUGAGGCUGCCAUUUUACCUGGUUUGGCAAAACAGUUUAUUUUUGUUUGCAGGUUAUUCUUCAAGUAUUUAUUAGAUAAUGACAUCAGGGCCCUUUCUGUUGUUGUACCGAUAAGUCCUGAAGGUCUAUAUAUUUUGUUAUUUAUUCUUCAAGUAUUUAUUAGAUUGUUUGGAUGACAGGUGAAAAGUCCAAAAAUGGGGUAUUUGUUCCAAAGAAGGGAAGUAGGUAAAUAAAUGCUUUUGAUUGACCAAGUUUCUAUGCUCUUUAAUUAGGCAUCAAAAACUAGGGAAAAUACAUGUUAUUAAGGUAUAGCUUUAUUUAGGUUGUACUUAUAGCCAUAACGAAUUGAAUAUUGUAAUUUUGUUUUUAUGAUGCAUGUUUUUGUGACAUUUAAUGAUUUGAUCACAUGAUUAACAUUUGCGGGUGUUGUGGGGGGUUGUAUAAUUCUGGUAUUUCAGGAUGAGUUACAGUAUUUCUAACUCACCUAAUUUUGGCUUGUUCUGUUUCCAACUCACCUAAUUUUGGCUUGUUCUGUUUGCAUAGCAGAAGAACUUGUCUGGAUAAAUAACUCAAGAUCCUUGAUUCUUAUUCUAACAAAAGCUACUUCUCAAUCUAAUAAUAUAAAAAUUAGAAGUUGUCUGUGCAAACUGAGAAGUAUAUAAUAUAAUUAUUUUGUGUUUAUAGAGACAUUUUUAAUUGCCCAAUUAAAUUCUGUGUAAUUUUGGUGAAUGUAUUUUUAAUUGUUUAAGGCAACUUGCCUAAGAAUAUCCCAGUCAAGUUAUAAUAAGUUAGUAUUCUUUCAUUGCAUCCCUUCAUGGACAUCUGAUGAAAAUUGGAAAUAAUAUUAUAGUAUUGUUAUAUGAUCAAUAAGAAAAAUUGAAAUCACCAAUGAAAUUUAUUCAGUCCAAGGAGUUGAAUAUGAUCGCCAGGUAGACUCUUUACUAAGUCGAAAAGUGUAAAUCUGUGUACUUGUGCUUUCAGAUUAUGAUCAAUUGUGACUCAUACAUUAUCUUAACAUGGUAUAGGAAAUAGUUUCUAGAGCUUAUUUCAAAUUAACCAACGUUCAGGAGCAGAAAUCAUGUAAAAACUUGAGGAUUAUGGUUGUCUUAGCUUUCAAAUGAAACACUAUAUAUUCUAUACAAAAAGUAUAAUAGAGCUUUUAAAAAAAAUCUUCUUACUGUGGUAUUUAUUGGCACAACCUUCAUUUAUGUUGUCUAUACGUAUAAUGAAUAUGUUUAACAGGAGUUGUGAAAGCUUGUACGUAGAGUGCUCAUUACUCAAGAGACGAAGGCUGAUAUAAUUGAAAUGUCUUGUUAUAUCAGUUUUUGGUGCAGUUUUUAGCUAGUCCAGAUUGCUUUAAUUGAACUAAUCAUAAAAACAAGCAGGAGUAUCACUUGGUGCAGCCAAUGAAUGAAUGUGCUGGUUGUUGUCUUAAAGUCUGAAAAAGCUGGAUCUGUGAGCAAAGCAUGGCUCGUGAGUGUGACUGGAGAAUGGUUGGAGUUGACUGGAGAAUGGUUGGAGUUGUAUGGGUGAAGAAUGGCUGGAGUUGUAUCCAGUGAAGAACUUAAAGAAACAAAAUAUGCAUGAGGAUAUGACUUGCAAUGGCCUGGACAGAAGAUUGAAGUUGAACUGUUGUUCAUACGUGAGGGAGGAGAGUUCACUUUACAUUUUCUCUGAAGUUGGAAGUGGGACAGUAUGUUUUUACGUUAAUACUGUUAUUUUUGGUUUAACAUUGCAAAUUUCCAUUUCUCCACUGUAAUUUUUGUUUCUACUUUUAUUAUUAUAUUUUUCUCAUGCUAAAAAGGAAAGCCCAUGGGCUAGCUCUGACCCAUAGGGUUUUAGGGCUAUUUGGCCCUAUGGGCUUUUUUAAUGAGAAUUUUUUUUGGUCCUGUGGGCUUUUUUGGCCCCAACCCAUGUGGGCUAGGGCCAAAUCUUAUAAAAUAGGUUGCUUUGACAGCUCUAAUAAUAGUGUUAAAUAUUUUUUUAGUGA